CCCGAAGGGCGUGGCCGGCGCUCGGUCCCGCCCCUGGCGUUCUGGACUCCUGCAGGAGGGCAGCGGUGACCACCUGAGACCCCCAUCUCCGGGCCACCGCAUGGGCCUGCUGGGGCUGCGGGCGCCGCAGUAGGCCCUGUCUGGGUGUCCGGAGCGUUCGAGAAGCGGGACCUGAAGCGUCAGAGGAACCCUGACCUGGGGACAUCUCAAUGGCCCUGGGAGAAGAAAAGGCGGAGGGAGAGGCAUCUGCCGACACGAAGGCCCCGUGUGAGAGGUGGAGCCGCAGGGAGCAGGAACUGGACCCCUCGAGGCUGGUGCUCCGGCAGCAGCCGCCACGCCUGGAAGCUGAGGGAGGGCCCGCCUCCCCUGCCGGGGGUGCUGAGGGGCUCCCUGCCCCUGCCUGCUGCGGUGGGGCUGGCCCGGGCCCCUCUGGAGCCUACCAGCCGCAGGCCAGCGGGGCCAGCAGGGAGCCGGUAGUGGGUGGGUCUCAGCCUGCUCUCGGUUACCUGCUUCUCCCUGCCGGCCUGGGGGCUGGAGACCUGUGCUCCUUGGGAAGCCAGAUGGAGGCCAGGCCCUCUGCCUCCGAGGAGCUACCUCAGACUCGCACGGUUCUCAGAGCCACCACUCUUUGCUCAGGCCAUGAUGCUGAUACCGAAGAUGACCCAUCCGCAGCUGAGUCGCCGCAGGUGCUGGACCUCAGCCCACAGUCCCCCGUCUCAGGCUUUCCGUUCCCGUCUCAAUGGAGGUCCUCCAUGAGCCCGGGUGCUGCCACACCUCAGUCCUCCAGCUGCAGCGGCUCUGCCUCAUCCCCGGGCAGCAGUGUCCAGGGUCUCCAGGAAAAGGCGCAGCCUCAGGGUUGCCCCCUCGCCAAGGUCUCCUCCCUGGAGCUGGUCGUCCCGCCGGUGGCUUCCUCAGUGGUGGGGCCUGCUCCUCGGCUCCAGUGGUCGCCCCAGCCUGUGUCCUCGGGGAGCGAUGCUCCUGGGCUGGCCAGGAGGCGCCUCUCCUUCCAGGCCGAGUACUGGGCCUGCGUGCUGCCGGAUUCCCUGCCUCCCUCCCCUGACCGCCGCUCCCCACUCUGGAACCCGAAUAAAGAGUAUGAAGACCUGCUGGACUAUACUUACCCUCUCAGGCCCGGGCCUCGGCUCCCAAAACACCUCGACAGCCGUGCACUGGCAGACCCUGUCCUACAGGACUCAGGCGUAGACCUGGAUAGCUUCUCUGUCUCCCCAGCAAGUACCCUAAAGUCACCCCCUAACGUCUCCCACAGUUGCCCACCAGUCGAGGCCACUGCUCUGCCAUUCUGUGGGCCCAGAGAGCCAAGCCUUAGGCAGUGGCCCUCUGGAGCACCCCAAAAGCAGGGUGAUGUGGGGUUGGCAUCUUGUAGUCUGCCCACAUCUACCCCCAGAGCCCCAGGCAGCAGGGACACUCCGUGGAAGAGUAGAGAGCCAGCCCCGAGGGGCAUGAAGGACUGGCCACCUGUGGGUAAGCACCUUGACCUGGGCUCUCCCCACCUGAGGACCCAGGAGAGAGGGCGGCCCUCACCCAGGCUAGAAAGAGAGAAGGGGGCCAGCCAGGGCAUAGGGCGCCUCGCCUGCACAGAGUCUGGAUGUAAACCAGAAGAGGAGGUGGAAAGUGAUGAUGAGUAUCUGGCCCUGCCCACUCGGCUGACACAGGUUUCUAGCUUGGUCUCCUACCUGGGUUCCAUUCCCACCUUGGUGCAUCUGCCCAUUGACGCCACCGAAGGGCAGAGCUCCCUGGAUGUAUCGGACAGUGAUGGACCAGCUUCCCUCCCGUCGGACUCCAGCCAAAGCCAGCUUCCCUCUGGGGCUGCCCUCAGAGGGUCUGGGAACCCUGAGGGCCAGAACCACUGUUUGCUGCGCUCCUUUGUCCGCCCAAGGGGCUCUGCGGGGGAGGGCAGUCUGGUGAGCAGCCAGGCGCUCGGGGUCUCUGGGCCACUGAGAACACGUACCUCCUUGCCAUCUAUGUUGGACCGGCAGGCAUUCUUGGAUCCCAAUGCUGAAGGGCAGCCUCCUGGGAAAGGAGCACAGGGAAGGGAGUCGCUCGUGCAGUGUGUGAAGACCUUUUGCUGUCAGCUGGAAGAGCUGAUCCGCUGGCUGUAUAAUGUAGCCGACAUCACCGACCACCUGACUCCACCCAGGUCCAGCCUCACAGGCCUCAAGUCUUCUCUGCAGCUUUACCGGCAAUUUAAGAAAGAUAUAGACGAACACCAGCCCCUGACGGAGAGUGUCUUACAGAAAGGGGAGAUUCUUCUUCAGUGCCUGUUGGAUAAUACCCCAGUGUUAAAGGACAUCCUCGGGAGGAUCUCCAGGCAGCCCAGCGAGCUGGAGAGCCACGCGGAUCACCUGUACGACACCAUCUUAGCCUCCCUGGACAGGCUGGCUGGCUGCACCCUCGUCCCUGACGGCACGCCCAUGGCACACAGGAGCGCCAGUGUGAAGGGGAUUAGCCUGGCAUCUUCUCAGCCAGAGAUAUAAUCUGUCAGCCAAGACUUGGCUAGUGGGAAACUUCCAGAAGUCCUUUUACAGAGCUCCUAAACUAGUCCACCUGCUGAGAUCAUUUAAAGAAGGCUGGUAUGAGGAAGAAGGUACCAAAUACUUGGUAUUCUCAGGCAAACGAGAGGACCCAAGAGACUGAAAAAAAUGACUGGUGGGCCAGGAACUUGGGUCUUUUCAUAAAAUGAAGCUUAGGCUUAUAAAUCCCUCUUUGAAGACUAGAAGAGACUUUAACUCUCCAAAUUAAUAGAAAGUUCUGAACAAAUAGAACCUCUACAAAUUACUUUGGACUGUUAUGGACUGUUAGGGUACUUUUAUCAUCUUAAGUGCUCAGGGCUCCAUCUGCCUGCCUGCCUAAUAUCUUAAAGGGAAAUGUGAUAGGGAACUGCCCUUAAACUUUAGCUGGGCUGUGGACGAGGUAUCCACCUAAAAAGGAACCUCAAGGAGGAGGCAGCCCUCUGUUCCUACUCUCCCUUCAAAGAGUAGUCCGAGGUCAGGGGAGGGCAUGGGUAGGAUCACACACCCUGGUUAACUACAGAAGCUAAGGCUGUUGACAGCGAAGGAAAAAAAGGGAAUUCUUUGCUGCUUUGGGAGUUGACAAGUAAGUACCCUGUAGGAAAAAAGAAUCUAUGGAUCAGCUAUUUAAAAUCAGUUGUAUGGAUUUUUAAAGCAAAAUGAUCAGCUAUUGCUGGUAACCACAGAUUCUACAAAAACAAGAAAGCACUUAAAAAAGUUUAUUGGGCCACGAAUGAAUGUGAGAAGGGGAAAGCACUUUCCCCAUAUGUUUUUUACUUAGCAUUACAGUGGGCUAAAAUUUAGAGGAGUUUUUCACAUUUAAGUAUGUGAGACAAUCUUUUUUUCAAAUUCCAGAUUCUCAUUUGAGGAGAAUGCUUAAAAAAGGAAGAUCUUUUAAAUUUAUAAACAAGUUACCUCACCCUGGAGAAGGUAACAGUAGAACAGUUAUUCUCAUAAAGCAGAUUUCUGAUAUCCCCUCAGAACAAAACAUAUAAAAUUAUUCUCUGUAAAGGAAGUUUGGGACUUUAGUUUCAGGGGCUGAGCCACAUAAUCUUAAUACCAUCUCACUCACCUCUAUGUGAACUAAAAUGCUAUUUAUUAUUAAAUGUGACUUUUCUGCUUUAAAAUUUUUCAGAGUUUAUGCCAGAAGUAAACUGUUAAGUUAUAAUAUUUAAAGAAUAACUAUGAAGCAAAACUGUGUAAAAUUCAAAAGCACCUAUAUAAAAUGCAGUAUUUUAAGUGCCUCUGCUACUCUGGUAUGAUUUUACCAUAAUGCCAAAGGGCAUGACCAGAACUAAAUGGUAUAUUAUGAUUCCACCAUCUCCACUGUAACCUUGGUUCCAUACAUAGUGAAAUUUAAAAAGGCAAAACAAAACACCUCCCUAGCAAAAAAUUGUACGUAAGAUAGUCUAAAGAGGGUAGAAUUGGUUAAAAAGACACGUCUAAUGGUUUCUAUUCUUAAAUUGUUCUAUUUCACCUUCUCUUUAAUGUGGCUAUAAAUUGGUACUUGCCUUUCCAGUAUGUUACAGUAUAGCCCUUGGGAGUUAAGCCCGUUUAUUUACUGACAUUUAAUAGGCAUAACAUUUAAUAGGCUAGAAAAUAAAUUUACUAGCUGGCAAAAAAAACUGAUUACAACCCUAUAGAAACAGACUGGCCAACGGUAUUUUAUAGCUGUUGAAUGCUAAAUAUGCCAUUCUCCUAUUCAGCCUAGUAAUUAUAAUGUUAUUUUACAGCUACUGAUUGCUAAAUAUGCCAUUCUUCUAUUCAAUCUAAUAAUGUUUCAACUGACAGAAAUUUUCACAGAAUAUUUUAUUUCAGAGUACCCUGGUUCCCAGGAAAGUACAACUUUACCUAGAGAUGAUCUAAGAUAUUUUUGUUCACUUCCUUUGAGAUAAGGUGUGACUGAAGGUGCCUACUUUAGCUCGUUGUGAAUGCCAUGAAGAGUAUCAACACAACUGUUAAUGAUAUCUUUAGAAGUUUAAAACCUCCCUUGAAACUCAAACUGUCUCCACCUAGGAAGAUACUGCCAGGAGCAUUCCAUAAGCAGGCCUGGCCAAGUUAGAUUCACUGUGGUACAUAUUUAGCCUUAGAACAGCAGUGACUUGUAGUGACAUAACGUGUGGUUAUGAAAUCCCAAGUUUACCUGUAAUACAACUUCCUAGUAGUCCCCCCGAAUUAGUAGAAAUUAACUCCAUAGGAAAGUGGCAGUACUGCAGCUGGAUUGGCAGUUUGAAAACCUGGGUUCUUGUGGAGCCCCAUGUGGUGUCAAUACAGGGCCAUUUUGAAGCUUAGAUGGGAACAUAAAGAAGGGCUGAUGUAAAAUAUGCUCCAAUGGCAACGUGUAUGCUGAAGGAAAUUUUGGUCCAGGGUCAAAGAACAGGGAUUACUUACUGCUCAGACCAGAAUGGCUAUCAUUCUGCAAGGAUUUCCCAGAGAUUGUGACUGCUUAGGUUUAGAACACUCCACUUCCGUAAGCUGAUUAAUUCAUGGCAGCCACUUACAUUUGAAGUAAGAUAAGCAAUAAUUUCCUCCCCGAGUGAACAGAUUAUUAAUGCCCACAGUAGCUUGAAAUGUCUGUACUUGAAAAUGGGGGUAGGAAUGGGAAUAUAUAUAGUUUCAAAACUGCAUUUAUUGGCAAGUUCAUAAUAGCAAAUAGUGAAGCAUGCUGAAGCGUCUUGCAGUAAGCCCUAGUCUCAGUUGCCACUGGGAAAGAACACUAGAAUUUUCAAAACUAAGUAAGUCAUUAUGUGAAUAUGCUUACAUCUUAAAUUUAUGUUUUUUGAUGAUUCACCAAGAAUAAGCUGACAGUUUAUAAAAGGGAAGUGCAUCACAUUGUUUAACAUUUGUAUCAUCUACUUUAAAAAAUAGUUUCCAGAUUCUUUCCCCCAUUAUACUGAAUUGAUAAGGCAAAAAAAACCCAAACCAUUUGAAGCAUCAAAGAAAACUUCACCCAAAUAACUGUUGGUAACUUGAGGAAUUUUUCAGUUGCCUUAUGUGAGGAUGAAUAGAUCCAACAAGCACGUCUAUAAUACAAAGUAAACUGUAAUUUUAUUGUGAAAUUCUCAUAGAUGGAAAAUUAAAUUGAAUAUUUAUUCUGUCCAUUUCAUUUUACAAUAAUCUUACCACUUAUUUUUGUACCAUGUAUUUCAGUUGCCUGUUUAGUGAAAAUAAAGAAACCUGUAAUUUUUGGCUUGUUCUUAGUUUAAAUUUUAUCACUGAAUUAAAGACCCCACCAUAAAAUGUGUUGCCAACAGCCACAUCCCAAGCCCCUAAGUAAAGAAUGUUUUGGCUGCUACUUGAACCCCAAGGAAACAAUCUUUGACUACUUUCACUUUAAAAUGCCAGUGUUAGCAAAAGAUUUUUGUUCCCACAAUAAAAACAAACCUUAGGAUCAUUACUGUCCUAGUUAACAAAAUUUUCACAUGUGCAAAAUUCGACUGAAAUAAAUAUAUUUCUC